AUGGCCAACGAAAAUGCCGACGUUUCCAUUCAGGCCAGUCGAAACCCCGUUGAUCGCCCGGCGCCUCAACAUCCCCGACCAGCUCGUUAUGCCUCAACCCCCUCGUACGAAAGUCCCCAGAGACAUUACCGCCGAAAUCCCAUAGUUAGACGUCCCGUCAAGGAAACACUUAAUGCUCGAUCGGAGUAUACCACUAGCCAGGAUGAUGGUACCGCUGAGCACAGAAUCAACCAGUAUUGGAUCAAACAGGAAAUUGGCAGAGGGUCUUUUGGAGCUGUGCACCUCGCUAUUGACCAGUUCGGGAAUGAAUUCGCCGUCAAAGAAUUCUCCAAGGCGCGUUUAAGAAAACGUGCACAGUCCCACCUUUUGCGCAGGCCUCGAAUCCCCAAGACCUCGUCAGAUGGCUUCAACUCCCCCCUCCAUCGCCGUCCGAUGGGCUUGGACAACGACCUAAGGGGAAACGCCCUGUACCUCAUCAAGGAAGAGAUAGCUAUCAUGAAGAAGCUGCAUCAUAACAACCUUGUGUCCUUAAUAGAAGUCUUAGACGACCCAACCGAAGACUCCCUAUAUAUGGUCAUGGAAAUGUGUAAAAAGGGAGUGAUCAUGAAGGUCGGGCUCGAAGAGAGGGCUGACCCAUACGAGGAUGGGCUGUGCCGUUGUUGGUUUCGCGAUUUGAUUCUGGGGAUUGAGUAUUUACAUGCACAGGGAAUCGUGCACCGCGACAUCAAGCCGGAUAACUGCCUCGUAACGAGCGAUGAUGUCCUCAAGGUUGUCGACUUUGGUGUGUCCGAAAUGUUUGAGAAGGAUUCGGAUAUGUUCACGGCAAAGUCAGCAGGCUCUCCGGCCUUCCUUCCCCCGGAGCUAUGUGUUGUUAAACAUGGCGAUGUUUCCGGCAAGGCGGCUGACAUAUGGUCCAUGGGGGUCACACUGUACUGUCUUCGAUACGGCAAAUUACCGUUCGAGAAGCAAAGCAUUUUCGAGCUUUAUGAUGCCAUUAAGAACGACCCCAUCGUGUGCGAAGGCGAAACCGAUGACAACUUCAAGGAUUUGAUGACUCGGAUCUUGGAAAAAGACCCGGCAAAGAGAAUCACCAUGGAUGAGCUUCGAGCGCAUCCCUGGGUAACGAGAGACGGACUGGACCCUCUGUUGCCAGAGAGUGAGAACACUGCCGAAAUCAUUGGGCUUCCCACGGAAGAGGAAAUGGAAUCGGCCAUCACGAAGAACAUCGGGCAUGUUCUGGCCGUGAUGAAAGCUGUCAAGAAUUUUAAGAGGUUGAUAGACCCAGCCAAGGCAGAGCCGCCCAUGCAGAGCAUCCUUGGACAGGAGUAUGAAACACAUUUUGUUCAGCCUCCUCUUGAGAUGGAACCGGAGGAAGACUUUGCAAUGGAAACCGCGCCAGAAUUCAAUAGGAGCCAGAGCUUGAACACCUACGAUCGAAGAGCUCAGGGGCUUGAUAACGUCCUCCAAGGAUACCAUCAGCAGCUUGAAGAGCCAUCCUCCAACCGGCCGCUGGAUAGUGGCAGCCAAGCGAAUCCUUCAGGUGACGUCAGCACAACCACCAGGAGUGCUGUAGUUGAGACAAAGGACGAACCCGGAGACGAUACGCAGCCUCCCGUGUCUCAGUCCCCAUCGACACACGUCUCCUUGUCCCGAGCUAGCUCGGCGACUACCAAACGCAGCGUCGAGGGGACACGUGGGCAUGCCCGGGACCCAUUGGAGGAGGAAUUUCCAUUCUUGUUCAUUGGACCGUCUACCUAUACCGGUUCAGAACAGCCAGAUGCCGACGAAGACACCGAUAUGGAGUAUGUCUGCGACGAACCGGAAAAUAUCUCUGACACCGAACUCGAGCCGAUUGUAAGCGAGUCCCCUGGUGCUGCCGAAUUUGAUAUCUACGAAACCGCAUACCGGCAGGAAAUCGAGCGUAUACGCAAACGCGAUGUUCCUCGCCAGGGAUCCGCGCCCAAGGUGUACCUGACUCGCCGCGUGGAGGGCAGGGACGACAUGACAAAACUGGUGCAAGAAGGAGAGGGCUCCGGCACGAUACCCCAGGUCGGCAAGAGAAUCGCUGUACCCUCGGGCCCAAGCCUAAGUUUUGCAGUCAGCGCCAUUCGGGCCCAGCUCGACCAGCAGCGCCAACAACAGCAGCAGCAGCAGCAGCAGCAGCAGCAGCAGCAGCAACAACAACAACAACAACCACCAAAGGUAGCAGAGUCCAGUCCCGGCGACGUGUCCCCACCUCCUUUUUCUCCAUCUCAAGUCUCAGAGCCUACAACCUCAUCGUUCGCAGCCACAGGCGCCUCAACUGCAGAGUCGUCAUCGCCGGAGAACUCCCGGACAAAAUUGCGUUCUCUGCUUGAUCGUGUAAGAGGGGGGCAAUGA